GGCGCCUUCCGGGCCGGCCUGCCUCUCUGAUUGGCUGCCUGGAGGGGGGAGGCGGGGGCGUGUCGUGCCUCCGCCCCCUUUGCUGAGGGGACGGGCGGAGCGCCUGCCUGGCGUCGGCAUGGAGGGCUCCGUGUCCAGUGUGGAGAUCUGUAACCUGGCCUACACGGGGCAGCUGGAGUUGCUGCAGGACCGGCUGAGGGAGAACCGCGGCCUGGCUACCCGCAGCGACCAGGAUCGCAGAACAGCGCUGCACUGGGCAUGCUCAGCGGGACAGACGGACGUCGUGCAUUUCUUGUUAGGCCUGGGCGUGCCUGUCAAUGACAAGGACGACGCUAGCUGGACUCCUCUCCAUAUUGCAUCUUCAGCAGGCCAUGAUGAAAUUGUGAAAGCUCUGAUUGGAAAAGGUGCUCAGGUGAAUGAUGUUAAUCAAAAUGGCUGCACACCUCUGCAUUAUGCAGCCUCCAGAAAUAGACAAGAGAUUGCAGUUAUGCUGUUACAGAAUAGAGCUGAUCCUGACGCAACAGAUCACUUUGAAUCCACUCCAUUACAUAGAGCAGCAGCCAAAGGAAACCUAAAAAUGAUACAGAUCCUACUGCAGUACAAAGCGUCUGUGAAUAUGCAGGACUCUGAAGGGAACACACCUCUCCAUUUAGCCUGUGAUGAAGAGAGAGUGGAUGAGGCAAAGCUGUUGGUGUCCCAUGGUGCAAGUAUUUACAUUGAGAAUAAAGAAGAAAAGACCCCACUGAAAGUGUCAAAAGCUGGCCAGAAAAUGGAAUUGAAGUUCUGUGAAAAACUUCCAUAGAACUACAAUGUUUUAGGUGUUUCCAAAACAAAAUAUGCUUCUUGGAAUCCCUGGCUGCCCACCCAGAUGAGUUACCGAGGAGCUGGGGAUCCCAGGACAUACAGGCUGCUGGCUUCUCAGCAGCCCACCUGAUGGGAAUCGCAGGGAGCUUAUUUUGGGACCUCUGGAAGCCAAAAUUCAAGGUCAGUUUGCCUGGCAGGUUGCUGAGGAGCUGGGACUUCAGAAAACAGUCCUAAAAAAAAACAUUCUAUUGGAAAAUUUCCAAUCAGUUCUGCAUCUUGUAAAGGAGCUGGUGUUUUAUUUCCUUUUUCCUUCUUGGUAUUCAUAUUACACAGUUGUUGUUUUCAGUUUAAUCCAAUUCGUAUUUCACUUCAGACCAUUCUAAACUAUUCGUCUCCCUCCUUGUUAUCUACACAACCAUUUCAACUACUUCUAGAAGUUAAUUCUAUUUGCCACCCCUUUCAUUCGUCAAACCCCCUUUUGGCAUAGCUAUGAAUACUUCACUCUCAGUACGUCCUUAUUGCCUGGUCUGUCUGGCCCUCUAGUCUGUGGUGUUCCCUUCAGUUUGUCAAACACUUCCUGGGUCUGAGAUGCUCAAACUGUGUCUAGUAAUGUACAUGCAGACUCGCUAAUGCCCCCUAAGAGACACUGUCAUCUAAUUACAUUGCUUUCUGCUGGCCCCGUAUGUCUCACUGCAAGCUUCCAUCUAAUUUUACUGUCUGCUAUCAUCAUGUGCCUUUAUUUAAUAUCCCAGCUUUUAAGAGGUGUUGUGCCCAUUGAAUAUCUGUGUUCUGGAUUUUUUCCUCAGAUGUACUAGCUCAAAUCUCAUUGCAGUUCCUUUAGCUGUCAAUGCUGGUGAUUUGGUGCAUCCCACUGUAUAAUAUUAUCUCUGACAUUUAAUGUGCGGUUUACCUUUUUAAUAUCAAUAGUCCAGGGCACCCUUUAUUUACCAGCAGCAACUUCUGCUUCCUUAGUUAUAGGAAGAUAAAACUGUUGUAUGACUGAAAGAUGUGGUGUUCAUGGGCAUGUACUGAUUUUUGUACUAAGUCUCGUAGGUGAUAAUUGUAACAAAAGUUCCAAGCAGUACCCUGAGGUUGCAUCCCUAUAGUGAGAGUUAUCACUUCACUUAGCUUUCUUUGAAUUUUCCCUGCUGUGAUUAUGUGGCUGUAAAGCUCCUUCCAGCUGAACCUCCUCCUAGUCCCAUGAACACUUAUGAAAUAAAACUGGUCUUUCUGGAAACCAGUUCUUCUGGAAAGUCCUCCUCUUCCUAGGAGGACCACAGCAGUGCACAUUCAUAACUUGGAGCUGAACUCUUCUGGAAUAGGAACACUUCUCCGAGGUCAAACUGUCACCAUUCCAUUAAUUCCUUGUCUCUUUUGUUUGGGGGGCAGAGGGGCCUCAGACUUAGCUGUGAGCUAGCUUUGACUCGGAUGAAAAGAAGCUUUCAUGGCAAGACAAUUUCCAGUAAUUUCAUAUGCCUAAAUAUGAACUUUCAGAGUAGUGGGAGAGUAGCGUAUCCUCCUCACAUUCUCCUUUUGUGGGGAGUCUGAGUUGCAUAAAGUUAUAUUCAUAGGCUAUGAAUAGAUAGUACUUUUUACUGUGAAUGAAUUCCAUGCUGUCCCCUCCCCUCUGGACCAUUCUUUGUCAGAGGAGUAAACCAAUGGAGUGAUGUAGUCCUGUGGCCUUGUCUGCUAACCAAGCAUUUGAUGGCUUCCUCCUCCUCUCCUUGGCAGUGUCCUAUGUCUUACGUUUGUGCUGAUGAACACUGAAUGGGUAAUAGAAAACCUUUUUAAGUGACCAAUACAUUCAGUUUGUUGUUAUUCCUGAACAGAGUUGACAUUGCCCCUGCACUGCUUUAGGAAGCAUAUGAUUAACAUAAUUCACUGAUGGAAAAAGCAUCUCAGUAUUAGGGAAGCACAGAAUUGAGAACACAGGACUUAGCAGCAAGGAACUGUUUAACAGAUGACAGUGAGACUUCUUAGACACCCUUCCUCCCCCCCCCCCCCCCUCCUUUUCUGGUGGAUUUUUUUGUUUGUUUGUUUGUGUGGGGUUAGGGUGCUUAUGUAACAAAAUUCUGUUGUGAACAAUAUAAUAAAGUUUUGUAAUGGCAAACUUUAUUAAACUUA